ACACUGUGGCGCAAUGAAAGAAAGACCCUCGCAGCUCUUUCUUUGGCUCUUUUUCUUCUCGGCUUUUCAGGGAUUAGGGAAGGCAUGUUGAGAGCGCGAAUGCGGCGGCGCGCGCCAUCGCUGCGGUUAGAGCGCUCCAGGGCGUAGACCGGGUAGGGAAACAGGGUUUCGAUGCCGGCGCCAGGCGAUCUUGGCGGUGUUUGGUCGGAUCUAGCGAUAUUUCGGGGUGGAAUCGGCUUCUUGGCUCCCAGGUUCUCGGCAGUGGCCUCGCAUUGCGGUCUGUGAUGCUCCGGCCGGCCAGCAAUCCAGAUUAGGGGAAAGAGGAGAGGAAGGAAUGCACGGCGAUGGAAGCGCCGGGAAUGCUGAGCAUUGGAAGGAUCUGGAGUGACGAGGAGCGAUAAGCGCAGCUCUCUUUAUUCCACUGUUUGGGGAAAAGCUGUGGCAUAUUCGCGUAGAUCUAUAUCGGCCGCCAGGAGCAAUUUGGCCUGCGAGCUGGGGGACAAGGAGGACAAUGACUCAACUCCAACGAACAGGAUCGAGAUAGGAACAAUGUGUCAAGUUCCAGCCGCGAAGGAGAUUUUCAGUCGCUCUUCGAUGGAUAGCUGCGGCAAACGGGGUGGCAAGGAAUUGCCCAAUGGGACCAGCUCCGCCACCACCAGCACCAGCACCAGCACCAGCACGACCACGAACGCCGCCGCCGCCGGGGGCAAUCAAGGAAGGCUGGCUGUCAAGUGGUGGGUGCCUCCAGCGAGCUCUCGCAGCUCGGGAUCCAAGAGCAAAGGGCAGAAGAUCGGUGAGAAGUGGUAUGGAACGCUACUACUUUUGUGGCUGCUCGGGGGGAUUUGCGUCUCUAUCUGGGUGUACAGGUCCAUGAACGCUGGGAACAUCAGGCGCCACAGGGAGCUGCUUGACAACAUGUGUGACGAGCGAGCGUGGAUGCUCCAGGAUCAAUUCACAGCGAGUAUGAACCACGUUAAGGCACUGGCUGCGCUCCUCCGGACAUUUCAUCUGGGAAAGCAGCCGUCGGUGCUCGACCAGGAGACAUUUGCUGUCUACACGAAGCGGACGGAAUUCGAGAGGCCGUUGAUGACUGGGGUGGCGUAUGCCCAGCGCCUGUUUCACUCGGAGCGGGAGGCCUUUGAGAGGCGCUAUGGCUGGGAGAUCAAGACAAUGACAACCAAAAAAGUCCAGAGUCCCCAAGCAGAGUACGCGCCAGCCGUUUUUACGCAGAACAGCUUGUCUUAUCUAGAGUCCCUCGACAUGCUGUCCGGGAAGGCAAGUGCUCCCUUGUUUUGUUUUAGCUUCUCACACGCGGAGCUGCAGGAAGACUGUGACAACAUAUUGCGGGCUAGAUCAUCCGGGAAAGGAGUUUUGACGACUCCAAUGAGACUUCUCGAGUCUAACCACCUAGGCAUCGUGGUGACUUUCACCGUCUAUAAGGAGGAUCUGCCCGAAGACGCUUCGGAGGAAGAACGAAUUGCUGCAAGUGCCGGCUAUGUCGGUGGUGCAUUCGACUUCGAAUUGCUUGUGACAAACUUGCUAAAGCAACUUGCCGGUAGUCAAUCAAUCAUCGUGAAUGUCUAUGACGUGACGAACGAAUCUAAGCCUCUACUUAUGUAUGGCCCCGAUGCUUACUUGGAAGGGCGUGACGUCCAUGUGACGGAACUAGACUUUCGGGAUCCUGCAAGAAAGCAUGAAAUUCGCUGCAGGUUUCACAAUCCCCUUCCGAUUUCAUGGUCGGCUAUCACAACUUCAGUGGGAAUAUUGGUGAUCGUGUUUUUGGUGGGUCAUAUAUUGCACGCAGCAAUAAAUAGGAUACAGAAAGUUGAGGAAGAUUAUCGACGUAUGGAAGAUUUGAAAGUACUGGCUGAGUCUGCUGAUAUUGCAAAAUCUCAGUUUUUGGCGACUGUUUCCCAUGAAAUUCGCACCCCAAUGAAUGGAGUACUAGGAAUGCUUCAAAUGCUUAUGGAUACAGACCUCGAUCCAACACAACGCGACUAUGCAGGAACAGCUCACGAAAGCGGGAAGCAGCUCAUAAAGCUCAUCAACGAGGUUUUGGACCAAGCCAAGAUCGAAUCUGGACGAAUGGAACUCGAAAUGGUUCCUUUCGAUUUGAGGACCAUUCUUGACGACAUUCUUUGCUUGUUUUCAGCCGAAAUCAAGGAUAAGGGAAUCGAGUUGGCUGUCUUCGUUUCGGAAAAAGUACCUGACGUCCUGGUAGGAGAUCCUGCUCGCCUACAUCAAAUUAUUACCAACCUUGUUGGCAACUCUGUCAAGUUCACAGAACGGGGCCACAUCUUUGUGUGCGUUCAUAUGGAAGACGAGUUGACCACAGUCUCAAAAGAGGAAGGAUUCGACUCGUGCAAUACGCUGAGUGGCAUGAAGGCUGCAGACCCCAGGCUUAGCUGGGACAGUUUUAAGAGUUUGGUUGGCGGGCUUGAGGAUAGAAACUGUGGCGAGCUUACGGAUGUCAGGAUCGUGUUCAACGUUGAAGACACAGGGGUGGGGAUUCCGCUUCUUGCACAGGAUCGUGUUUUCACGCCGUUCAUGCAAGCUGACAGUUCUACUUCGAGGAAUUAUGGUGGCACUGGGAUAGGAUUGAGCAUAAGCAAGUGCUUGGUGGAGUUGAUGCAAGGCAGCAUGGACUUUGUCAGCCAACCUGGUAUCGGAGCUACAUUCAGAUUCUCGGUAGUGUUCAAAAGAGGGGAAAUGAAAAUGCCGGAGGCCAGAUACCCGCAUAUAAGUCCAAAGCAUUCUCAGAUGGCGCGGCUGACGCCGUGCUUGAAGAAUAUGCGGGCACUUGUUGUUGACGGGAGGCCUGUAAGGUCACAGAUAACGAGAUACCACUUGCAAAGACUGGGAAUGCAAGUUGAAGUCGUAAAUGAUAUACCGGCAGCUUUGUCUGGGGGUGCGAACUCAAGAAGCCUUGAUAUGGUGCUUGUCGACAAAGACUCCUGGGGGCCGGGUUCCGGACUCGUGGUUCCUCAAAAGUUGAAGGACGCGGGAGGAAGGUUUAAGAAUGCGAAGUUUAUCCUACUUGCGGGUUCGGCGAUUGAUAACGAGCCUCUGAAAACUGCUCCGUCCGGCUUCAUUGCUACACAUCACAAACCUGUCCGAGCAAGCUCUUUUGCAACUUUCCUGGAGAAAGUUUUCGGCUUUGGCAGUAAAAGAUUGAACGGCAGGGAGAUUUCGCAGGGGUCGAGGUUGCACAGUCUCUUAUCUGGGAAGCAGAUAUUAGUGGUUGAUGACAAUAAAGUCAACAGGCGAGUUGCUGCCGGUGCUCUCACCAAGUAUGGUGCUCGCGUUGAAUGUGUCGAGAGUGGCAAAGCAGCGAUUGCAAGACUUCAGCCAUCCCACGAGUUUGACGCAUGCUUUAUGGACGUCCAAAUGCCCGAGAUGGACGGCUUUGAAGCAACUAGAAAGAUUCGGGAAGCUGAGGGACACGAUUGCAAGUGUCGCCUCCCUAUUCUGGCAAUGACAGCGGACCUCAUCCAGGCCACCCGGGACGAAUGCACCAAGUGUGGUAUGGAUGGUUACGUAUCGAAACCGUUUGAAGAGGAGCAGCUUUACAAGGCCGUCGCCAAGUACUUCGAGUCUUCGGCAAAACCGAAUGAUCUCAAAGGCAAAAGCGAAUGAUCUCAAAGGGCCUUGAGGUGCAGCAGGCUUUGGAGGAAAGCUAAUGAUUUUGACGCCAUACCGGGCGACAGGGUGGAGAAUCUCCUCGGGUAGUUUCCUGCUCUGGAGCAGGAUACUCGAAGCGAUGACAACAUCAAGGUGAAGUCUAGGGAUUUGUAUAUUCUAUUGACGUGAUUUCCAGUGCACAACCAAAGAACUGUAGGGAAUGCACUGAGGCAGCAAUUGCGCGAGUGUAUAUACUCCAAUAACAUACCGGUUUUGGCGUCUCAAUUCUCGUCUAGUUCUACACAGGAAGUGGGCUUCAAAGCUGUUCGAGUACUCUGUACACCAAGACUCAAGUUUGACGACUCUACCUGACCCGCAAGCAACAGGCUCCCAGCAAGCACGUCCAUUCCAGAGCAGUGGGAACGAUGGUGGAGAGAAGCUCUUGUGCAUCACUCGGAUGUCCGGCACGGCAGGAGAGGUCGAGCAUGCAGCAGUAGUGGUGCUUGUUGGGCGACACUCCAAAGUCCACGCUCACCGACCCAAAAUGGUCUCUGUCGUGAAGCAACAUCCCUUCGUAACUACAGAACAGAACUGAAGUUGAUAUCAUCCGGCAGCUCGGCAACUUUGAGCUCGGCAAAGAGAUCAAAAGCUUCGGUGGUGUGGCCAUUUUGGGCGUAGGCAGCGAGCAGGGAAUUCCAGGAACAGAUACGAGGCUCGGGUGCCCAGCAGAAGUUCUGUGCAGCAAGGCCGAGGUGGCCGUUCCGAGCAUCCGUCACGGCAGUCCACAAGACAAAAAUCUCCGGCAUUGGAAGAAGCAGACGUACGCCGAGAGCAUCGCGUUCCAGCUGGUGGAGUCCCGCUGCGGCAUUCCAUCGAAGAUUUCCCGGGAGAGAACGAGCCCAAGCUUGCGUUAAAGAAUGCUAGCUCAAGAUGUGGGCAUAUGCUCCAAGCAUGGGGAUCGUUGUGGCAUAUUCUCUAGCAUAUUUCUAGCUUCAA